AUGCGCCUAUGGUGGCAUGUCGCGCGCUGCAUGCGUCGCGCUCCCCUGCCCCGGGCCCUGACGUGCUAUGCACCGGAGGAGCUCGACAAAUCGUUUAUUGGCAUGUCCGGUGGACAGAUUUUUCAUGAGAUGAUGCUGCGCCACAAGGUGCGCACCGUGUUCGGCUAUCCCGGUGGCGCGAUUCUUCCCGUGUUCGACGCCAUCUACCAGUCGACGCACUUUGACUUUGUGCUGCCGCGGCGCGAGGAUGGCGCAGGUCACAUGGCCGAGGGUUAUGCGCGCGCCAGCGGCGAGCCUGGCGUCGUCCUCGUAACCUCUGGUCCCGGUGCCACCAAUGUGGUUACGCCUAUGCAGGAUGCGUUGAGCGACGGUGUGCCUCUUGUUGUAUUCUGUGGCCAGGUGGCCACCUCAGCGAUCGGUUCCGAUUCAUUCCAGGAAGCAGACAUGGUCGGCAUCAGCCGCAGCUCGACGAAGUGGAAUGUCAUGGUCAAGGAUGUCGCUGAGCUGCCGCGCCGCAUCAACGAGGCCUUCCACAUUGCCAUGAGUGGCCGUCCUGGUCCCGUGCUGGUAGACCUGCCGAAGGACAUGACGGCGUCGGUGCUCAAGCACCCCAUUCCCUAUACAUGGACACAGCCAGAACUGUCGCACACGCCUAGUCGUGCGACGGCGCUGCAGCGUCUGUCGCGCCUACACAAGGCACUGAAUAUCUCGGACGGCCAGUCGGAGCUCGAGUCGGCUGCUCGCAUGAUUUCCAUCGCGAAGCGGCCGAUUAUCUUUGCGGGACAUGGCGUGCUGUCGCAGCCUGAUGGGCCUCAGCUGCUGCGUAAGCUCGCUGCGCAGCAAAACAUUCCUGUCACCACGUCUCUGCAUGCCCUAGGCUCGUUUGACGAGCUGAACGACUUGAGCCUGCACAUGCUGGGUAUGCACGGAUCGGCCUAUGCGAACCUGGCGAUGCAGAGCGCCGACCUAAUCAUUGCGCUCGGCGCGCGCUUUGACGACCGUGUGACGGGUCUUGUGGACCGAUUUGCACCGGCGGCGCAUGCGGCGGCACAGGAAGGCCGCGGCGGCAUCAUCCAUUUUGAGAUCAUGCCGAAGAACAUCAACAAGGUGGUGCAAGCGACAUGCGCUGUUGAGGGUGAUGUGGCGGACAACUUGCGGCGACUCCUGCCGAUGCUCUCUGGGUCGCCUGACCGCACCGAGUGGCUAGAGCAGAUCAAGGCGUGGAAGGCCUCACUGCCGUUCACGUAUGUGCCGUCGAAUCCGGAGGCGGGCGAAUUGAUGAAGCCACAGGAGGUGGUCGAGGCACUGGACCACGCUGUGCAGGCGCACAAGGAAAACGUCAUUGUUACGGCCGGUGUGGGCCAGCAUCAGAUGUGGGCCGCGCAGCACUUCCGCUGGCGCCAUCCCCGCUCGUGGAUCUCGUCGGGCGGCCUUGGUACCAUGGGCUUUGGCUUGCCGUCGGCAAUUGGCGCCAAGGUGGCCAUGCCGGAACGCAUGGUCGUGGAUAUUGAUGGUGAUGCAAGUUUCAGCAUGACUGCGAUGGAGCUGGCCACAGCAGCGCAGUACAGCAUUGGUGUCAAGGUGCUGCUGCUGAACAACGAGUUCCAGGGCAUGGUGCUGCAGUGGCAGGACCUCUUCUAUGAACGUCGCUACUCGCACACAGAGAUGCACAACCCCGACUUUGUCAAGCUCGCCGAGUCGAUGGGCGUCAAGGCACUCCGCUGCGAGUCGCUGGCAGACCUGCCAGCCAAGAUGAAGGAGUUUGUCGAGUAUGAUAACUCCAAGCCGAUCAUCCUCGAGGCGCGUGUCAUCAAGUCCGAGCAUGUGUAUCCGAUGGUUCCCGCCGGCAGGGCCCUGGAGGAGCAAGUGCUUCAUCCGCUGCUGCGCUAA